CAGUAUUUAUAUAUUCAUCUAACACGCAGUUGACGUUAGUUGUUAUUCCCAUCUGUUGUUAUGUUAACUAAAUCGUGUGCAACGUAUGCAUUUAAUGUCAUUUCACAGAAACACAGCAGCGAGGUCAUUACUGGACAACUGAAGAUGUUUGGACUUGUUACUCUCGUUGUACUGGUCACCGUGUUCGACCUGUCUGUAGGGGAAUCCCCGCCAUUCAACGCCACAAUAGAGGAGGUACAGUGGAUGAUCGAUAAUUUAGAGCGGUCGCUAUGGGGACCAUGGGCAAAACACAGUAGCUGCAGCAAAUCGUGUGGCGGCGGAACGCAGGUUCGAACCCGAGUAGUUACAUGCCAGCCUGUGAAUGAUUCCGCUAUAGGACCCAUGUGUCUAGGACCAAAGACUGACACUGAGACGUCGGAAUGCAACACACAAACGUGUGCAGAAAAUAAAGAUUACGUCACGGAAACUCUGAAUUGUGAUUUUGAUAAAGACCUCUGUUCGUGGCAACAGUCAACAGACGACGACGAAGAUUGGGUCCGCUCUGAUACACCCACCCCUACUGCCAGGACUGGUCCUGGCUUUGGCCAUACUGGAGCUGGUUGGUUCAUGUACUUUGAGGCGUCCUAUCCAGUACAAGAAGGAGACGUUGCCAGACUGGAGUCAGCGGAAAUUACAUUCCAAUCCGACUUGUGUCUGCAGUUCUUCUACCAUAUGUACGGUCUAUCGACCGGGUCGCUACGCAUAAAAACAACGACGAAAGGCGUGCCAUCAAUCCUGUGGCAGAGGUCAGGGCUUAACGAGAACAUGUGGAAGAUGGCUACAGUGACCUUGCCCGAUUCUACAGAGCCGUACAGGGUGAUCAUCGAGGGAGUGAGAGGAGACGGGCCACGUGGUGACAUCGCCUUCGACGACAUCACUGCGACUCGUGGGAGCUGUUAGACGCCGACUUGCCAUCACAGAAGAAGCACAUCUUGACUAACAAAUUGAAUUAAACAUUUUAAAACAAA